ACGCUGUCUGCUCCGGAAGUGGGCCCUUAGAGCCUCCUGUCUGGGCCCGCGUUUCCCAGGCGGCCUCGGGACGGACUUCCGGCGCGCGGUGCAUUAUGGACCUUGUAGUCCUGCUAGGACCCGGCCCUCGCCUGCCACGCCGUCCGGGGCGCCGGCCGGACUACAUCCCCCUCUCGCCCGCGCGGUGUCGCGAGGCCGCACGGCGCGAAGCGUUCGCGAGCGGAGAGUCUCCAAGAUGGCCGCGUGGGGAAGGAGGCGUCUCGGUCCGGGCGGCGGCGGCGGCGCCCGAGAGAGGGUGAGCUUGUCGGCCACAGACUGUUACAUCGUGCACGAGAUCUACAACGGGGAGAACGCCCAGGACCAGUUUGAGUACGAGCUGGAGCAGGCCCUGGAAGCCCAGUACAAGUACAUCGUGAUCGAGCCCACGCGCAUUGGCGACGAGACGGCCCGCUGGAUCACCGUGGGCAACUGCCUGCACAAGACCACCGUGCUGGCGGGCACCGCCUGCCUCUUCACCCCGCUGGCGCUGCCCCUGGAUUACUCCCACUACGUCUCCCUGCCCGCGGGCGUGCUGAGCCUGGCCUGCUGCACCCUCUACGGCAUCUCCUGGCAGUUCGACCCGUGCUGCAAGUACCAGGUGGAGUACGACGCCUACAGACUGUCCCGCCUGCCCCUGCACACACUCACCUCCUCCACCCCAGUGGUGCUGGUCCGGAAGGACGAUUUGCACAGAAAGAGACUGCACAACACGAUAGCGCUGGCGGCCCUGGUGUACUGUGUAAAGAAGAUUUACGAGCUCUGUGCUGUAUGAUCGCGGCCGCGCGGGGGGAGCAGGCAGCCCGGCUGAGCGGCGGCAGAGCACCUGCGCUGCUCUGGGCGGCGGAGGCGCCCGGGAAGGCGUCUGGUGUCACGUUUGUUAUUUUAAAGAAAUAACAGAUCACAAGUGUACCAGGGGUUUUUUCAGCUCAUCACACUAAGACGUGGAUUUUUGUAACCCACCGGGGCCUGAGGCUGUGGGAGUCCGACUGGGCAGCAGGAUGUGAUGGAAGCAGCACUGCUGAGGGGGUGUGGACGCGCUUGGGGGCCGUUGAGUAUGUUGUUUAACUAUACCAUCCAGAGCCAACCAGAAGCUAUUGACCAUUAAAAUUACGAGA